AUAAUAAUACUGACGGCAACAGCGCAAAAGAGCCUGCGGGAGCUCAAGUCCAAGAUCUCGACGCAGUCAAAGAAGAACUUCGUGCUGGAAAAGGACGUCCGCUACCUCGACUCGCGCAUCGCCCUGCUCAUCCAGAACCGCAUGGCCUUGGAGGAGCAAAACGAAGUGGCCAGCCAUCUGGAUGACCCGGCAGACAUACAAGAAGGGGCCUUCCCCAACGACGACAAGACGCAAAAGUACGGCAACCUGCUCUUCCUGCUGCAGUCGGAGCCCCGGCACAUCGCCCACCUCUGCCGUCUCGUCUCCAUGGCCGAGAUCGACUCGCUGCUGCAGACCGUCAUGUUCACCAUCUACGGCAACCAGUACGAGAGCCGCGAAGAGCAUCUCCUGCUCACCAUGUUCCAGUCCGUCCUCACCUACCAGUUCGACAACACCCCCGAGUACUCCUCCCUCCUGCGCCAGAACACGCCCGUCUCCCGCAUGAUGACCACGUAUACCCGCCGUGGACCGGGACAGGCAUACCUGAAACAUAUCCUGGCCGGCCAGAUCAACUCCCUCAUCGAGCUGCACGACAUCGACCUCGAGAUCAAUCCGCUCAAGGUCUACGAGUCCAUGGUCCAGCAGAUCGAGGCCAGCACCGGCUCCCUCCCGCCCUAUCUCGAACGCGCAGUCACCGCCGAGGUCGCCGCGGAAAACGAGCAGGUCCAGGCCAUCAUUGCGCCCAGGCUCAAGAUGCUCACUGACCUCGCCAACAGCUUCCUCAAGACCAUCAUCGACGGCCUCGAGGAGACCCCCUACGGCAUCCGCUGGAUAUGCAAGCAGAUCCGCAGCCUCUCCAAACGCAAGUACCCGGACGCCCAGGACCAUGUCAUCUGCACCCUGAUCGGAGGCUUCUUCUUCCUGCGCUUCAUCAACCCGGCCAUCGUCACGCCGCGCUCCUACAUGCUCAUCGACGGCACCCCAGCCGAGAAGCCGCGCCGCACCCUGACCUUGAUCGCAAAGAUGCUGCAGAACCUCGCCAACAAGCCCUCCUACGCCAAGGAGCCCUACAUGGCCAAACUGCAGCCCUUCAUCCAACAGAACAAAGAGCGAGUGAACCGGUUCCUCCUCGACCUCUGUGAGGUCCAAGACUUCUACGAAAGCCUGGAAAUGGACAACUACGUCGCCCUCUCCAAGCGCGACCUCGAGCUGCAAAUCACCCUCAACGAAAUCUACGCUACCCACGCCCUCAUCGAGAAACACGCCUCCACCCUCGCCGCAGAUCAGAACUCCCAUCUCAACGUCCUCCUGCAGGAACUCGGACCCGCGCCCGCCCAGCUGCCCCGCAAGGAGAACAGAGCAAUCCACCUCCCGCUCUUCAGCAAAUGGGAAGCCCCCAUCGACGACCUCACCUCCGCCCUCGACAUCACCCAGGAAGAGAUCUUCUUCAUGGAAGCCAAAUCCACCUUUGUCCAGAUCAUGCGCUCGCUCCCUCACAACUCCUCCGUCACCCGCCGCCCCUUGCGCCUCGACCGCAUCGCCGAAGCUGCAGCCACCCUCAAAAACGACGCCGUCAUGGUCCGCAAGGGCAUCCGCACCAUGGAACUCCUCAGCCAGCUGCAGGAGCUCGGCGUUAUCGACCGGUCAGACGACUUCUCCUUACUCCGCGACGAGGUCGAGCAGGAACUCGUACACCUCGGCUCGCUGCGUGAGAAAGUGCUCGAGGAACAGCGCAAGCUCGAAGAAGUCUACCGCACCAUCCGCGACCACAACGCCUACCUCGUCAACCAGCUCGAGACCUACAAGUCCUACUUGCACAACGUCCGCAGCCAGAGCGAAGGAAAGCAGCGCAAGACCCAGAAGCACCAGGAGCUGGGACCCUACAAGUUCACCCACCAGCAGCUCGAGAAGGAAGGCGUCAUUAGACGGAGUAACGUGCCCGAGAACAGGAGGGCCAAUAUAUACUUUAUGUUCAAGAGUCCGCUCCCAGGCACUUUUGUCAUCAGUCUACACUACAAGGGACGAGCUAGAGGCCUGCUAGAACUAGAUCUGAAACUCGACGACUUGCUGGAAAUGCAGAAAGACAACCAGGAAGACCUGGACUUGGAAUACGUCCAGUUCAACGUCUCGCGCGUCCUGGCUCUGCUCAACAAGCGUUUCGCCCGGAAGAAGGGCUGGUAG